GCCUGGUGCUUGACCCCCUUCAUCCCCAGACUCAGUCUCCGACGACUCGGCGCGGCGGGAGGACCAUCGGAGGGAUGUCGACGCAGGCGCUGAUCGAGAGCCAACGCGAGGGCGCGGAGGUGUCCUACGGCGCCGACAUCUGCAAGGAGCAGUCGAUGACUCUGCUGGAGGGGAUCCACCUGCCCAAGGGCCUGCUUCCGCUGGCGGCCAUUGAGGAGGUCGGCUACAACCGGGCCACUGGGUUCGUGUGGCUGAAGCAGAAGAAGUCCACCACCCACGUGUUCAAGGCGAUCGGCAAGACGGUGUCGUACGCGUCGGAGGUGACGGCCUUCGUGGAGGACCGCCGUAUGAAGCGGAUGACGGGCGUCAAGAGCCGGGAGUUCCUCAUCUGGAUAUCCAUCUCGGACAUGUACAUCGACGAUCCCGAGUCGAAGCGGAUCACCUUCAAGACCCCUGCCGGCAUCGGCCGUUCCUUCCCCGUUUCCGCUUUCCAGGCCGAGGAGGAGGAGGAGGAGAAACCCGAGGCAAAGGAAGGAGACGGCAAGUGAUGUAGAAAUCUACGGAGGCGGUCUCGCUUGUUUUCCCUCUCGAACUUCGUCGUUUCCCUCUCUUUCCUUCGUAUUCACACAAUAAAUGAAAUUAAUGGUAGUUAGAUCUGUGAUGAUGUGCGGAAGGGAUAAAGGUGAUGAAGAUGUUGCUAUAUUUGUCCUCUAUUAAACAUUAAGCUUACGCGCGUACUUAAUGAUGAA